AAUAAUCAUGAGACCAACACUUUCUUUUAGGAAUGUUAUAUUACACCAUGUUGUGGCAGAUCUUUCAUACAAGAAUGUUAGUUGUCAGCAUGUUCCAUAACGGUAUAUAUUAACGAAGGUGAAAGUUCAAAUUUAUAAAGGUUGCAUUUGUGUCUUUGUCUUCUUUUCUGUAUUGUUGUCUAUACUCUAAAUUGUUUUAUUCUGUUUUAUUUAAAUAUAGGGGUUGAAGAAACGAAGCUUUGCUUGGUACGUUUAAGACAGAAAGAUUUUCCAUAGCUUCCCACAGAAGGGUUCAGCAUAAGCUUCAACGCAGCUGCUUCGGACCGCCUCCGCCCCGUUUCUUUACACAUGCCAUGUGUCUACAUAACUUUCACGUUAUCUGAUUUAAAAAAGAACAACUUAAAUGAUUUAAAAUAUUUGUGCAACAGACGUAGAUGUGCGUAGGCACACUAACGCGUAAAAUCAAAAUACAAAAACUACGUUUUAUUGAUAUAACAGGAAUUUCAGCCCGCGGUUGAUCGUUCGCACGGUGCUAUACAUUCCCAGAAAGUGAACGCGCUGAAGAGGCGCAACCUGAAACGCAUCGGCGGCGCUGUGGUUUCAACACGGACGCGUGUCGCUGGGACACGUUCGCUCUUGGUUUCCGGCUCUCUCCGGGCUGUUAGGAAGCGACAUGUAUUAAGCAGUUUGGAGUCUUCUCAGAUAUGCAGGUUAGCGGCUCCUCGCCGGAGUACGAGCGCAUUACUCCCUGCAGGAAGGACUGCGUUUACACCAGCUGCUACUGCGAGGAAAAUGUUUGGAAACUAUGUGAAUAUGCCAAGAUCCAAAAGCAAUUCCCCAUGGAUGAGAUUUAUGCUGUCUUCAUAUCCAAUGAGCAGAAGAUGGUUCCUCUUUGGGAGCAGAAGUCUAGCCAUGGAAACAAACCCGUAAUUUGGGAUUACCAUGUUAUUCUGCUGCAUGACGGGAACAAGGAUCAAAGGAAACUGCGUGCUAUUCCAGCAGAAGAAUUCCUGCAGAAUUUUGCAUCAGACAGAUCGCAUAUGAAAGAUGCUACUGGGACAUGGCGCGUGUCUCCGCCCCCAUACCCCUGUAUCGAAACAGCAGGGUCCAAGAUGAAUUUAGAUGACUUCAUUAGCAUGGACCCCAGUGUGGGAUAUGGUCAGGUCCACACUCUGACUGAGUUUGUCCAGCGGUUUGGACGUAGCUGAGAAUCGCAGAAUGAAGCCCGUCGGCCGGGAAAACAAAUGGGGCUUGAGGGACAAGGACACUGUGUUCAACAUUUUGGUGCUCAGCUUUUCAUGAGGAGUUAAUUUAUCAUUUGAAGAAACGGUACCUAAUCCUGGACAGAUGGUUUUUUUCAAGCGUGUUUUUUUUUUAUUUCUAAACAUUGUAAACUAUGGUAAGAAAUUGUAAAUAUUAAAGGACACCUUGCUCUAUUUCUGUGAGGGAUAAAGGAAAUCACUGCAUUAUCACCAUUUAUUGGUUUCAUUUUUAAGAAAAAAAAACAAUAAAAAUGAAGACAGUCUGAA